UUAGGCGAAGAGCCCUCAGGAUCAUCCCGAACGUAGAUUUCCGGGCCGAGUCGCCUCUCCCAGAAGUACAGGAACAUAAAACCCUUUGUGAGACCGGGACUCCGCCUACUCUUUAUCAAAUCCUCAAUUGUUUGUUAUGUCAUGGAAGCGUUGAACAAAGACAAGGUCAAUUCAUAUAUUACCGGCACGGCUAUCAAGCCCCGGCAUCUCACGGCCAACUCUUCUUAUAAACAUUCAGCGAGCUACUCCAACCAUCCUCAUUCAACUGUACUUGCUCCCCCUACUCACACAUCACCAUUCCAAUUCAUGUAUCAAAACAACCAGCUCUCCUUCCCACCGUACUGUUUCAAUCAUCCUCAUCCUCAUGCAUCGCACAGUUUCCCCCAGGCCUUUCGGCCCUCCCCGCACAAUCCCCAUAAUGACAUCUAUCUAUUCCAAGUCAACCUUGCCCCUUCCUCUUGCCAGAUAUACCUACGAUUGUUGCAGUAUGGGUAUCUCGUCCCCGUGUACUCGUUCUUGUACGACUCCUUGCGGCAGUCCAUGACUGUGCAGGAAUGGAGUCUGCAGUAUUUGUAGACUGUGCCCGAGGGGCUGGUAUAUUGCUGGUUGUAGCAGGUGGAAUAGUCGCAGUAAGCCAUGAUGGUGCUGGAGCAGUUGCUGGUGUGGUAAGUUGGAGAGGAUAGAAGAUGAGGAUAGAUCUGGGGAAUAUGGAGAGAUAGAGGGGUAUUUAUCUAUGUUGAGUUCGCAUUCGACACGGUUGGAAAGCGACUAUGAACAGUAUUGAUAUUUCCAGAAGGACAAUACAGUUGCGUUAAAAGGCCAUCAGACAUCUUGUCGAAGCGCGAAGGGACAUAUUCGUGGCCACAUGUUUUGAGGCCAUAGCCGGAAUGGCCAGAAUGGCGCAAGGGCAAGUCGCAUGUCAAUCUGCGAAGAGAAUGCUACUUAGCAUUGCUAGCUAUGCAUAAGUACUUAGUAGGGGAUGAAUAAUUCCUGCUUGCUUUCCCGCUCGG